AUGAGACUUAGAAACGGUGAAAUUGUGACCAUCAAAAAUGAAUUACCAGCCAAUCAAAUGCAAAAGGUGUUAAGGGUGCAGCCUUUGGGAUCAUUGAUGACAAUGAUUCAACCAAUCUUGAUAAAGAUAAAUAGUAAUGAAGUACAUGUAAGAGGCACUAAGAUCAUAUUAACACAGGGUUGCGCAGUGUAUAUACUGUAUUCCCGUGCAACGUGUGGCGAUUUCUUGAGUGUUUACUGUGCAAAUACCACUGUAUCUAAAUAUUUACUCGACAUUCUCUCUAUCAAAAACAGUAUGCUAUUGAAUGAUCUAGACUGUAAUCAUAAUGAAUUAGCCUUUUUAAAUCCAAAGUUCCUUUAG